UUCGCGACUAGCGAAUGUUUGUAGACUUCUAAAACAAAAAUAAAUCCUAUAUAUAUUUUUUUCAAAUAUAAAAAUUAAACAAAAUACAUUUUUAUUCAUGGGUCUACUAAUAAAAUCAGCUGCAAUCGGUCGUAUUGCAUAUUGUGAUAUAUUUAUUCGAACAAUAUCAACACGACACGCACAAUUGACAAAAUUAGCUGAAGUCGGAAGACUUGAGAAUCCAAAAUUAGAAGGCCAAUAUUUAACUGGCCAAUUAUUUUUACAUCGAAUCUUUGGUUAUCGUGGAGUUGUUCUAUUCCCAUGGCUUGCCAGAGUAUACGAUCGUGAUUUGCAUGCACCAGGUAAGGUGCAACAAGAUGAUGGUAGUAGCAGUAUAAAUAAACAAGAAAAGGCUGACGAAAAGAAGGACACCUCCUCAUCGACCACAUCGUCGUCGUCGACGGAAACGAAUGAAAAUGCUACAAAAGAACUCAAGGGCAAAGUGAAUACAUUCUAUCAAGUUCUAAUUGAUUCGAGAGAUUGUCCAUUUAUUAGAGCUCAAACAGAAGCUGUAACGUUUCUUGGUAAUCAGGAUUCAAAUCGAAGUCUCUAUGCAAUCCCAGGCUUGGAUUAUGUAUCACAUGAUGAUAUUAUGCCAUAUUCAUCCACGGAAAAGAAUCCAUUACAUCAUGAGCUGUUUGAUAAGUUCUUAGCCAAAGUUGAAGGCAGUGAUCCAGCUUUUGAGGCUCGAGAUACUCUCAAAGCUUGGCAAGAAAAGAACUAUCCAUGGCUGGAGCUGUCCGAUGUGCAUAAAGAGACUACUGAAAAUAUUCGAGUGACCGUGAUUCCGUUCUAUAUGGGAUGCCGGGAAACACCAGCUUCAUCAGUUUAUUGGUGGCGCUACUGCAUCCGCUUGGAAAAUUUAGGUGAACUAAGCGUUCAACUUCGUGAAAGGCAUUGGAGGAUAUUUUCCUUAUCGGGUACCCUAGAAACAGUCAGAGGACGAGGCGUUGUCGGCCAAGAACCUAUUCUAAGUCGUAAAUUACCAGCUUUUCAAUACAGUAGUCACGUAAGCCUUCAAGCUCCAAGUGGUCAUAUGUGGGGAACUUUCCGUCUAGAGCGUGAGGAUGGACAUUCUUUCGAUUGCAAAAUUCCACCAUUUUCUUUAGAAAGCAAACCCGAAGAGAAUCCUCCAAAAUCUUCAGCAAGCUCAAUAAAACCUGAAACCCCCGAUAGUACUGCGUAAAACGAAGAAGUAAAACUAUUUAACUGUUAAAAACACUCCGAUGUUUGAAAUAGGUAUUAUUGAAUUAAUAUAUUUUUAUUUCGAUCCUGUCCAUUUUAGUCUUCUAAGGCUUCGAGUGCUUAGUCACUUGGUCGCCGGUCUUUCUCUUUGUUUUAGUCAAAAGAUUAGAUUUUAUCAAAGGACACUUAAAAUUUAAUUUUGUUCCAUGCCAAUUUGUAGUCUAAAAAAAAUAAACAAAAUUAUUGUUCAACAUACGUA